GUCAAUCUGUACGGUCAUCUCCAUACCAAAAUGUCUAAUUAACGUAAUUAUAUUAUUUAUUAUCUAAUUUUACGUAUAGAAAGACGCGUAUAACCUAAAUAAAGACAUUUGUGCUUAACUCGAAAAUCCAUUAAUUUGGUAAUUAAUAUAGAAAUAUGUUUAAAGUGGUGAAACAUGGUUAUUUAAAUCCAAAAAGUAGAUAUUUAAAAGCGGCGAACAACCGAAAGAACUAUACGACGAAAGGGGAAGUAGUGACGUCGGCAGAUGUUGUAGUGAUUGGCGGUGGAAUAGCAGGAUGCAACACAUUGUAUCAGCUAUCUAAAAGAGGAGUCAAUGCUGUACUCUUGGAAAGAGCUAAAGUUACCAGUGGGACAACAUGGCAUUCUGCAGGUCUGGUAUGGUCUCUACGGCCUUGCGAUUUGGAGAUAAAACUGUUGCAAGAUUCAAAAAGCGUGUACAGAGGUCUCGAGAAGGAAACAGGCGAAUAUGCUGGAUGGAUUAAUAAUGGUGGCAUGCUAAUCUCGCGGAGUGAGAUCCGCACUCAAGAAUAUUAUCGUUUGCAAACCCUAGGAAAAGCAAUGGGAAUUAAUAGUGAAAUCCUUGACCCAAAAGAGGCUCAGAAAAUUUUUCCUCUUCUGAAUCCUUCUGUGUUUCAAUCAGCUCUAUAUUCUCCGCAAGAUGGCGUCGUCGACCCAACAAUGGCUUGCAAUGCUCUUCUUAAAGCAGCAACUAUGAAUGGCGGGAAAGUAUACGAUGAUUGCCCUAUCCUUGACGUGCAUUACAAACACAACUUGUUGGGAAACAAAGAAGUAACAGGUGUUCAUACCGAAAAAGGCUUUAUCAAAACCAAGUGUGUUGUUAAUUGCGGAGGUGCUUGGGGACCUCGUAUAGCUCGUUUUGCAGGUAUUCCAGCACUACCUAUAGUACCAUUUAAACAUGCCUACGUCGUAUCUGAAAGUAUACCUGAAAUUCGUAAUUGUCCCAAUAUAAGAGACCAUGAUGCGAACCUCUAUAUAAGAAUACAGGGCGAAUCCUGCCAAAUCGGUGGAUAUGAGCAUAAUCCAUUAAUUUUAGAUCAACUCCCAGACAAUCUCCAAUUCCAUCUUUACGAUUUGAAUUGGGAUAUAUUUAAUGUGCACAUGGAAAGCGCUGCUUCCCUUUGUCCUAAGCUCGCUAAUAUCGGGAUAAAGAGCACAGUAUGUGGGCCAGAGUCCUUUACACCAGACCAUAAACCUUUGCUUGGAGAAGAUCCUAAUCUUUUUGGUUUAUACCAUAAUUGCGGUUAUAACUCAGCUGGUAUGAUGUUUUCGGCUGGAUGUGGAAUACAAAUGGCUGAAUGGAUAAUUAAGGGAAGACCAAACUACAACAUGUUCUCUUUCGACAUACGUCGUUUCACUCCUUCCCAAAUGUCCCGAGCGCAUUGGGCCCGUGAGAGUAGUUUCGAGGCAUAUGUUAAGAACUAUUGCGUAGUUUUCCCCAAUGAUGAGCAUCUUGCCGGUCGUGAUUCAAGUCACGAUGCGUUACAUCAAGAGCUAGUGGAGGAUGGAGCUAUUAUGCAGGCUAGGGCUGGAUGGGAACGUCCGGCGUUUUUCAUGCCAGGGGAAAAGAUAAGGGUUCAACAAUAUGACUGGGGUGGUGCACAUGAUUACCCAAAGAACACUGACACUCGUUACGAAGAAAUUCUUAAGGGAGAAUACACUUUCGGAUUCUCUAAAUAUCACGAUCUUAUUGCUAAAGAAGCACUAGCAUGCAGAAACGCAGCGGCUCUAUUCAAUAUGUCCUACUAUGGAAAGUUCUACCUGACUGGACCGGACGCACAGCGUACUGCUGACUUGGCUUUCACUGCUGAUCUGACGAAAAAAGAAAAUAGUGUCGUGUAUUCCUUGCUAUUAAAUGAAAAAGGAGGAGUAGAAGCUGACUUGACCGUUAGUGUUCUUGAUGGAGGGAGCGGUCAACUGCACGAACCCAUAUUUAAAGGUCGUGGAUACUACGUGGUGACGAGUGGAUUCAGUGCUAACCACACUCUGGCGCAUUUACGGCGCAUUAUUCAAAAGCACAAGCUACGUGCUACUAUCACGGAUGUAACUAAGCAACUGUGUGUCCUGGGUAUCCAGGGUCCUGACAGCCAGCGUAUCCUACAACGCUACACUGACGCAGGGCUCUCCAACGACGCUUUCCCAAUCAACACACACCGCAGCAUGCACGUAUCAAAAGCACCUUAUUCCGCACAGAAUAAGGCCUAUACUUGCAGAGCAUUGCGCGUAGCCUGGUCUGGGGAGCUUGGUUGGGAGUUACAUGUACCUUCAUCAUCCGCUAUUGAAGUAUAUAAGGCUUUGCAAUCGGCUUCUGGAUUGACUAAUGCUGGGUGGAGAGCUUUGACUUCUUUGAGUCUUGAAAAAGGUUAUCAUUUAUGGAAUGCGGAUUUGCGCAACGACGACAACCCAAUUGAAGCGAACUUAGGCUUCACAUGUCGGAAAGGUGGUGAUUACAUCGGAAACGAUGUUGUCGCAAAAGUGAAGGACCGAGGAGUCACUAAGAAAUAUGCUUACUUUACUCUUGAUGAAAAGGUUGCUUUGUUUGGCAUGGAAGCAAUAUACCGAAAUGGUGAGGUUGUCGGCUACUUAAGACGAGGAGACUAUGCAUUCUACUUAGAUAAACCGGUUGGUGUUGGCUACAUCACAAACAAGGGGGAUCAGGUUACGAAAGAUUAUUUGAAAGACGGCAAAUAUGAAAUAGAAGUUAUGGGAAAACGGUACAAUGCAAAUUUCCACUUCAAAUCACCAUUUGACCCAACCGGUCAAAGAUUAUUGGGUAAUUAUGGAGAAAUGGGCAUGGACGAAAAUACUCAUGAACCACAUGCUGGUCAGAAUGAAAGAGCAGGUGGUGUUGAAUAAAAAUAAGUUGAAGUAAAGUAUUUGGAGAAUUGAGUUAUUCUCUUAAUCAAGGAUCGAUUCAAGGUAAGUAAAGAAAAUACCUGUUAUCCAACUUGUAGUUUUGGUUAUGUAUUAAAAUAAAGUAUUUAAUGUGUAA